UACCUCAAGUUGGUGUGGCUGCUGUACAACAUGAUAGGCAGCGUCAACAUAUUGGUGACCAUCAUGUACUGGGCUGUGGAAUAUAAUGGUUCGACAGAUGUGGUUGGUGUGGAGGUCCACAGCAUCAACACCGUCUUCAUCUUGACCAACCACAUGAUGACGGCCAUGCCGUGCCAGAUCCUCCACUUCAUCUACCCCAUGUUGUACCUCGCCCUCUACGCUCUAUUCACCUACAUAUACUACGCUUGUGACGGCACGAACAUCAAGGGGCGCCCCGUCAUCUACAGCGUCGUGGACUGGGGCAAGGCGUACCCCACCGCCAUAACCGUCGUUGUGGGGAUUCUCGUCUUCGUGCCCCUAGUUCAUCUCGUCCUGUUCGCUAUUUAUACGUUUCGGAUUUUCCUGCAUUCUAAAAUUAACUCCGAGACGUAUUCUACGGGAACUCACAAUCAAGAAAAUAGUCGAAACGAUGAAACAAGAAGUGAGAUGCAUGAAGUACCCAGUGGUGUUGAGAUGAGGCCUAUCGCAGUGUCUUAGCAACUGUAAUUAAAUCAAGCUUAUUAAUUAUUUCUUCAGAGAUUAGCCGAGUGCAAUAACGUGGUGAUCUGUUCGACAAUGGAUUCAACAUCCGGCUCUAAGAGUGUAGAUUUAAGUCUA